AUGAACGCGCAAGAGAGGGUCAAUGCGGCUGCAAACCUGCUUGUACAAUCACCUCCUGGGGAGAUCAAUGACUGUCUUACGGACAUCCGGGUCAUCAUCAACGACGACAAUCUCCUGCAGCAGGGGAUCGAUCAAGCACUGAGAGAGUACAAUAUUGCUCAGUUUGUUACCGUCCAGUCCCCAAAAGGCGAUCACCAUGUCAUUAUUAGCGACGCUGGACGUGUCGGGGGCGAUACAGAGGACAGAUUCUUCGACCCGCGCACGAAGACAUCCUUCUUCUUUGACCAUUUGAGCCUGGAAGCCUCGGAUCCGAAUACAGAAGAGGCGAAUGAAGACAUAGAGGGCUACCGUGCUGCCCUAGACUCUGCGGCGCAGGAGUAUAUCAACGAACAUUACAAGGAAGGAGUAACGAGUGUAUUUGCCUCGGGUUCUAACAAUCUGACGAUCCAACUCGUCGCCAACCGAUACAACCCACAAAACUUUUGGUCGGGUCGAUGGAGGUCGAGAUACGAGAUUGACCUAGACGCAAAGACGGUGACUGGCAAGAUCCUUGUUACCGUUCAUUAUUACGAGCAAGGAAACGUCCAACUAACGACAGAGUUUACUCCGACGCUCACAUUGCCACCUUCUUCGCCGUCUCCUCAGGCAGCCAGACAGUUGAUAGCACAGAUUACAGAGCAGGAGAAUACGUACCAGACGUCGCUGAGCGACACCUAUCACGACCUUGGGGAGAAACGGUUCAAGACGCUACGGAGGGCGCUGCCGAUGACUCGCAACAAGAUUGACUGGGACAAGGUCACUGGUUACAAGCUUGGAGCGGAGCUUACUGCGAGCCGGGGCGGGUUUGGAUCAUAG